AUGAAUCACUGCGGCAAUGAGACAGAGGGGGUGGACGCCGCACAUGAGGGGGCGGCAAACGUCACCACCCCCACAACGGCGGUGGCCUUUGGAAAGCGGGGGGAGGAAGAUGGCCUGCCGACCACCAGGGUUCAACCGGUGGAAGGCGUUGUCGACGCGCUGCGGCAGAUGCAAGAGAAGCAAAAUACGGAGGCGGAAGCUAGGGCCUUUGUGCGUGCUCUCCUUUCCGAUGAGGGGGAAUCUUAUGUGCAGAGUGUGCUGCAGUCGGAGAUUCAGAAGGUUAAGAGGAAGGAGUCGGAGCUGGCCACCGUCAAGAAGAAAGUCACAGCCGCAAACAAGGAGGUGGAUGAGCUGCAAGGAGAUAUCCGGCGGGCGAUUGAAACAAAGGCAGAAGCAGAGCGAAUAUGUAAAUUUCUGCAGACCGCAAUGAAGCAACGGGCGCGGCUCACGGAGGAGGCAAAAAAAGAGAUGGAGGAGCAUCGUGAAAGCGUGAAGCAAAAAGUAGAGCAGAACGUGCACGAUAUCCGCGUCAAGUGUGAUGAGCGCAAAAAGAACGUUGCCGAACUGAUAGCGGAAAAUGAGCGUCUCCGUGAGGAGGUAAGGCAGAAGAAGAAGCAGUUCGAUGAAGCCUACGAGUCCCACCAGUCAAACUGGAAGGCCCGCGAAAGUUACUUGGAGGAGCUGAUGCGCAGCUUUCAACAGGUCACACGGGAGGUGGGAAUGCUCGAGGAGCAACUGGCCCUCACGCGGCGGGAGCGACUGGCGACGGAGGAAGGUGUGAUGGGGCUGCGGCGCCAACUCGACAUGUACAGCACGCAGCUGCGUGACUUCUCUGAGGGUUACUCUGUAGAGGACGCGGAGAAGUCGGCGGCACAGCAGCGGGAGCAGGCCGAGGCGCGGAUAGCACAGUUGGAGGCCGAAAAGAAGGAGGCGAACGAACUUCGGCUGAAGUUUGACAAGGAGCUGGCGGGGUGGCGCACCGCCCUCGCAGCCGCAAAACGCGAGUUGCAGAAGGCUGAGAAGGCACGCAUGGCGGCGGAGAAACAGUGCCGCCUCAUACAAGAAAAGUCGCGGCUGAAAACUAAGCCGUAA